AUGAAGAAGGUACAUUUCCGGCUCCGACCAGCCGGCCAGAAGAUCCCGCGACCGACGUCCGGAGAGAUUCCCAUCACAUAUUGGGACCCUCUAUCACUGACGGCUCCGGCACCCGUUGUUCCCUCCAAGCUCCCCAUUCGGCCCGGUCAUGAAGAGUCGACCGAGAUCCUGCGACUGACCUAUGAACUCUCCGCGGUACAGGCCGACCUGGCCCUCUACCAACAAUGGCAUGGUGCCGCCAUGGAGUUUUUCAAGGAAGUCCGGCAUCUGGAAGCGUCCUUUGCAGCGGUCAUCGGGGUCUUUAAGCAAGUGGGCUCCCGACUACGCGGUUGCUGCGACGGAAACCAACCGCAGUUGACGAUCAACGAAGACCGUGACCGACUCGGACGCCUCGAUCGCUUCCACAAGCGCUAUCACCGGGCUCGUCAAAGCUACGAUGAUGGUCUGGCCCAGCUCCAAGAUCACUGGAAAUCAAUCGAACGAGCUCGGACCCGUUUUGAAGCUCAACCAGAUCGGAUUGAUCAGGAGUAUCGACAGUCCGAGGCCCGUAGAGCACUUCACGGAAUACCAUCUCGCCCAUAA